AUGUCACUGAACAGACUCGUAGCCACACGCGUUUUCGCACCAGCCUUGAGAGGGAAAAUCCAACCAGUGAGUUUUUAAACUUUUUUUUGUUUUAUCUAUUAAAACGGGAUUUUUAUGAAAAAUAAGGUGUUUUGACUAUCGAAAGAAUCCUACAAACAAGUAAUAUUGUGUUAUGCUUGAAACUAAUCUCAACCCAUUCCAGAAACGCCAAUCCUCUGGUAGUUUCUACGGCCAAAACAAUUUCGACCACUUUGGCAAAGAGCUGAAGGACGGUCUGAAGACGUCGCGUGGCACGGCCGACAACUGGAAGAAGAUCUUCUUUGUCGGCUCUAUCCCAUGCCUCCUCAUCUCCAUGUGGGCCGCGUACCGCGAGCACGAGAAGCACCAUCACACCCCGCGCGACGAGUACGUCGAAUACCCUUACCUGAACGUACGCAAUCGUCCCUUCCCCUGGGGCGACGGCAACCACUCCCUCUUCCACAACGCCGAAGAAAACUACGUUCCGGGCGUGGGCUACGAAAAGGAGCGUGGACACUAG